AUGAAAAGUCUGUUAUUUAACAGGAAAUACCAAUCUAGGUAUACGAAGGUAGCGAUUGUUAAUCAUAUUUGUCCUUCUCAGGUAUCCAUUGUUAAUCAUAUUUAUCCUUCUGUUGUGGUAUCGAUUGUAAAUCAUAUUUGUCCUUCUGUGUACGGUCAUAGAUGUUAUUCAACGAAGGAUACUAUUCUUGAGAAGUUCUGGGAAUCUUUUUAUAGUCAACUGUUGGAUGAUAGUAAUACUAAUUCCAGAUCUGAAUCUAAUGUUUCUCAAUAUCAUAAGUAUGUGAUUGAUUUAUUGAAUAAUUCUAAAAAAGAUAAGGAUUCAUUUACAGAAGAAGAAUUAAUCAGUAUUCAAACAUCGAUUGAGGAUGCUACUUUUAAAUAUGACGAUAUUAAAAACAUAUAUCAGCUUACACCUGAUUUAAUUAAGAUAAUAAUAUCUAAAGAUGAACUUACAGCAAAGGAAUAUCUUAAGAAAUGUAAGCUUACUAAAAAUGAUUUAUUAACUCUUGAAUACUUUGAUCAGUAUACUUUGGAGGCCAUUAUUAUUUAUGUAUUUGGUGUUCUCUUCAACUGUAUUCAGGAACUUCCAGCUGUUCGCGUAUCAACUCUGAUAGAACAUUUGGAUACGUAUGUCAGAAGCCAAGCUAAAUUGUUGAAAGGAUAUACAUCAGAAGAAAGACCUUCUACGAAACAUGAAAUAAAUUCAGACGAUACUUCUAGCAAUGUGAAGGCUGAAGAGAAUGAGAUGGCUAACGAUAAAAUGCAAAAUAAUUAUGCGUUCGGUGCGUUUUUGGUUGAAUUCUUAGUGAAUAGAAAGUGGAUUUCUCUUUCAAAUGAAUUGAGCUUUCAUGAGCAGUAUUCUGUUACGAUGAAGAAUGGGAAGUAUUAUAUACCAAGACAAUUAUACGCUAUAUGUAAUUUCGAUAUUAGUCUCCUUCCGAUCAAACUCAAUCUACCAAUGAUAUGUAAGCCUUUGGAUUGGAAACCCAUAAGAGAUGAUAUAAUACCUUCAUCUUUAUCCGAUAUGCGUGGCGGUUACUUAAGCAUACCAUCAGGGGAUUUUUAUCAACAAAAACGCUAUCGCGUAAUGACUACCCGUGACUUGAGCCAUUUUCAUAUUAAGUUUGAUGAAGGUAAAUACGACGAUUUGUGCUUAACCAUGAACAAGUUACAGGCGCAGUCUUUUGAGAUACAUAAGGAUGUAUUGAGCUUCAUUAUGAAUAAUAACGAACUAUUAGUUAAAUACGGUCUAUUAAUGCCUAGAUUUCUAGCAUCAUUGAAUAUCAACAGGGCCGUCGAGCUAUUGAGGAAUUCUUACUUAUCGAAUAAUGAUUUGACGCAAGUUUGUAAUUAUCAGGAUUUGCUUAAGGUGUUCUUGGAGCGUAUCCAACGUGCUCGUUAUGAAACCUUCGUAAUCAAUAUAGCAUCAGCUUACGAGGGUUAUAAAAUUUAUCUGCCUGCCUUCGUUGACUUCCGUGGUAGGAUCUACCGCGCUGGUGUAUUGCAUUUCCACGAACGUGAUUUGGCUAGAAGUCUAGUACUUUUUACUUGUAACAACCCAUCUGGAGAGCUUAUUAAUCAUAAUAUAGAUGAUAAAGAAAUAAUGUUUAUAGCCUCAGCAGCCGCAGCUUUUCAUUAUAAGAAGUUCGAAUCUUAUAAAGAUUCUUAUCAAUGGUAUCUCGAUCAUGUAUCUAUGAAAGCAUCAUCGGCUGAAAGUAUCAUCGAGUUAGCAUUAUCAGCGGCUGAUCCCUAUCAGUUCAUAAGUAAGGUUCUAUGUAUCGAAAGCAAUAAUAAGAGUAAUCUAAUUCAAAUUCCUAUUACACAAGAUGCCUCUGCAAGUGCUUAUCAGAUUAUGAGCUAUUUCUUGUUAGAUAAUGAUUUAGCUUUAAAAACGAAUCUCAUUCCCUAUAUUGAUUAUCAUUAUUCGCCUGAAUACGAUUUUAGUGAUAAUAAAAAGAUCAAAGAUAUUUACACCAUCCUUCUAGAAGAGCUUAAGGUAUACUUUCGUAAGGAAUUGACAAAUAAUCUAGCUGACAUAGUUUGUCCUCGUCUCACUCGAAAAUUAGUUAAAGUACUCUUUAUGCCGAUGAUAUAUGGUAAGACUGUAAUCAGCAUUGCUAAUGAUUUUAAUCAACAUUUUGAUUCUUUAUUAGAUAAAGGGGAAUGCAUGCAAUUAGCUAAAAAAAUAUAUAUCUUCUAUAAAACAUACUAUCCGGGUAUAGUAAAUCUAAUGGAUUUGAUCCGCAAUAUCAGUUGGUUAGUAUCAGCUAUGGAUCGACCCGUCUUAUAUAGUGUAUCUCUAUUCACAACUGUACAGGACUAUAUGAAAUCAAAAACAGUAAAUAUAUGGGUAUAUGAUCGUAUCCACAGGAAAAGGCGUCAAGUGACUCUACGAAUUCCCUCGGGUGAUCGGGAUCGAAGGAAGACUCAUAUGUCUACCUUUGCCAAUUUUAUUCAUCAGAAAGAUGCAUUUAUUGCCAUGCACAUGAUAAAAUAUAUGGUCUCUGAGAAUGCACCUGUCUACACUGUUCACGAUAAUUUCAUUACUACAGCUCCUUACGCUUCGUACAUUUCACGUUAUUAUGUACUUGUAUUAUAUAAUAUGGGUAGCCCAUUAUUAUGGAUAAACCAAUUUAUUGAUCUUAAUCUGGCAAUUGAUAGGAAUUCAUAUACCCUUGAAUCCCCGAUUCCCAAUCAUAUUCUGUUAAAUUCAUUAGAAUCUAUUAUACCAAAGAAUUUAAAUAAAAGUAAGAAGUUAAUUUGGGCUAAAAAGAUAUAUAGUGUAUGUAUAGCUUACGAAAAAUAUAUAAUGGAUUUAUACGAUAACAAUCCAAAAACGGUUGAUUUGGAAAAUAAAAGGGUAGCAUUCAUUGGUAACAUGUUAAAUUGGGAUAACUGCAAAUAUAAAUAUUGUUUACACUUAUAA